AUGGAAUUUGAAGGCUUAAAAAGAAUGCUGAAGCGUUGGAAUAAUGAAAAACGUGUAAAUUUUUUUGUGCAUGAUGGCGAUGUCAAAAUUGUUUCUACAAUCAAAAAUACGUUCAAAGGUAUCAGAGAAUACAGAGAUCCUGGACAUUUUCUUAACAAUAUACAGAAAAAGCUCAAACUGCCAGAAUUCAGAAUCUUAUCUAGCAUUUCAAAGAAUUUAUUGCGUUGGCUUAGGCAACUUCUCAAUGACACACAUAUGUCAAUUAAAACAAAGAAGUUUUUAUGGUUGAAUUCCGCUAAACAUUAUGCCGGAAAUCAUAAAUUUUGUCCAGAUCCUGAAAAAUGCAAGAUGAUUAAACCAUGGAAAUAUGCAAAAAAUAAAACUGCUAUAAAAACACUUAAAAAAUUCCUCGAAGAUACCGUAAAAAUCUUUGAUAUGGUAAAAAAGAUUCAUUCAACUCAAGUAGUUGAAUCAAUAAACCAUAUCAAAGCAAUGCUUGUUAAUAAAAAUAUUAAUUGGCAUGCUUCUUGGCCAAUUAGGAUGGCAGUCACAAUAUUGCAUUUCAAUGAAAGUAUGUUUGAAACGAUUGUAGCAAUAAGAUACAGGUUAAAUUUACCAACAAUGCCAGAAAUGAUGAACAGAUAUUUCAGAAUGUAUGAUACAACAAAAGAUUUAAUCAAAGCAUUCAAAAAUUCAAAGCAAGUUCAAAAAAAGUUUGCGGCAUUAAGAGCUAUAAAGAGAGGUCUUCAAGCUACCGAUGAUCGUAUUACUCUUAAAUCACAUAAAUAA